AGAUAUCUAGGUGCACACGUCGGUAGCAGGGUUUCGACCGACUUCACUUGGCACACAACGGUGACUCAACUGAAGACGCGACUGAGGCUUGCUUCUAUCAAGUUACUGACCGAGGAUCAAUGUGCUAUUGUCGCUGCCGCUGUCGUUAUCCCGAAAAUCACCUCCAUUGCACGACACGCUUGGCCGACCACGAGACAAGUGCAGGAAUUACAGCGACGCAUU